GUCAUUCUUCCUAUCUUUAUACCUACGCCGAUUUACUAACAAAAUUCAUCGCUCAUAAGCAAUAAAAGUCGUCUUGACAAAAUCUAAGAAUCAUUGUGUGACUUUCAUUUGGUAUUGAUUGAAACUCAGUCGAAAUUUUCAUUUUUUAGCGGAUUUAAAUUUUCUCUGUAAAGGAUUAUUUUGUAUUGCGUAGGAAUAUAUCAAGGUGUGAUCAGAUUGACAAGUGCGCUGUGGCAGUCAAGACGGACUUUAAUUAAAUUUUUAAAGAAUCUCCAAUUUUUUCUGGUGAUAAUAUCUAUAAACUGACAAAAUGGUUGAGGGUGGAAUGAAAUGUAUCAAACUACUUUUGUUUGUCUUCAAUCUAUUGUUCGUGAUUGCUGGUAUUGGUUUGAUUGGAGCCGGAUCCUAUGUCCAGAUAAAACUGACUGAGUACAGUGAUAUACUGGGAAGUCAGUAUACUGGCCCAGGCAUAUUGAUUAUAAUAGUAGGCGUGGUUAUCUUCGGAAUUGCCUUCUUUGGAUGUUGUGGUGCCAUCAAGGAAAAUUAUUGUCUUGUUAUGACCUUUGGUGCCCUGUUGACAAUCAUCUUUAUCUUGGAAAUUGCUGGAGGUAUUGCUGGUUUCGUUUUGAAAAAUCAGAUAGAGAGUGAUGUCAUUACUCUAUUAAAAGAGAAAGAAGGACAAUAUUACAAAAACGAUGGUGUGAAAGCAUCUUUUGAUGCCUUACAAAAAGAUUUUGCCUGUUGUGGAGUUGAUGGACCUAACGAUUGGAUCAAUGGCACUGCCAAUAAUACAAUUCCAACAUCUUGUUGUAAGGAUUUCAAACAAGGACAGACUUGUGACUUGGCUAAGGCUUAUCCAGAGGGUUGCGAGAAAAAAUUUGUGGACUAUCUGAAAAAUAAUAUUGGUAUAAUUGGUGGAAUUGGUAUUGGUCUAGCAUUUAUUCAGGUUGUUGGAAUAUGUUUUGCUUGCUGUUUGGCUAGAGCUAUCCGAAAAGAAUACGAAGUAGUGUAAUGUACAGAGUACUAUAGAACUCUGUCCUCAUUUCAUAUCUCUGCUCAUUUCAAAGUUAUUUUUCCAGUCUUCAGGAUGGUUAUUUUUGAUAAAAUUUCAAUACAAUUGUUAAUUUGACACAAAAAUCUAUUUUUGGGAUAAAUAAGUACCAGAAUUGUUAUGUUAAAUAAGUCAGUAUUUAAAGUUCCAAAUACAAGUACCAGAACAAUACAUAGACUAGUCAUGAAUAUUAGUGAUAAUUUCAUCUUAUGUUUUCUUGAUAUCUUCGCAAGUUAUCAAACCUUUACAGUUAAUUUGAUUUCAAUAUUGAUUAUAAAAUGUUCUUUUUUAUCUUAGAAAAAACAUUCACUAACAGAAAAAAGCAGGAAACACUCUUUUCAUUUCAAUGUCUUGAGAGUUUGAGACUCUUAUGAUUUUCUCAAUUAGAAUUAUGUCAACUCAUUUUCAUUAUCUAUUCAUGCAUCUUAUUGUUAUUUUUUAUUUGUUAUACUAUUGCCUUGGUGACAAUUAUGUGGGGUUUAUAGUAGACCUAGAUUUAGACAUGUUAGAAAAUAAGACUUGGAAUAUCGCUUCAACAGUAGAGAAAAGGUUCAACUGGGGAAAAAAGUGGCUACUUACAAAGUGAUGUCUUUGAGUAAAUGUGAAAGAGCUGGGAUGGAUUUAUGUGAGACUAUGGACAGUGCAGAAUUAUCUGAAUUUCAAGAAAAUAGAUAAAAGCUUAGCUUGCCUGGACUUUAAGCAUUUUGCAUAAUUGCCUGAUUAAGCUGUAUGGAUAAUCUUGAACCGUAUAAAGUAUGUACUCGCAUAUUCCCUCUUUGAGGCUAUUUCUUCUCGUGUUUGAUUUAGAGCCUUCAUUUCCUAUCAUCUGCUAUGUAUUUUUAAAGCUUUGAUGUGAUGUUAUACUUAUGUACUUAAAAUAUUCAACACGACCGAAUAAUUACAAUCAAAAGAAACUAUAUACCGGUAAAUUUAUUGCCUUCUUUCAUUUAGCAAAUAGUUGAAAUGUCUUUAAGACAAUAUUCCAUUGUGUUUUUGUUGAAUGUAUUGAUGUCUUGUGGAUUUUUGAAAUAGGGUCACAUAUAAUUGUUAAUUGUUAGAUUGGGUAAAUUUAGGUUUUCUGUCUGAUACUUAAAAUAAUUGUAAAGAGGUUUUCUUAACUUUUUCUGUCUAUUGGAGAAGCUUCAAUGUGCACCGUUCAAAUUUUCAGAAGUUUAUGGGUCUGUAGCUCCACUUAACCUGAGCGUUUUAUGGCAUCGAAAACCUCUAUACAGUUCCUUUAAGCCACUAGUUCAAACCAUUUUAGGGUAGAUCUGGUCAAUGUGUAGCUAAGACUUAGUGUUAGCUUCUUCAAAUAACAUAUUGGUAUAUAUAAUGUUCUUGAAUUUUCUAAAAAAAAAAACAAGGUUCACAGUUUAAUGCUAUGUUUUUCACAUUAUUUUUGCUAAUAUUACAUUUUUGUGUGCGCAUAUCAAAAUUUUCUAAAGAUAUAUAUAUCAUAGAUUUGUUCUUUCUGAUUAUGUUUUAGCUCUGGUCAAAUUUUGAUACAAGUUGCAAUUUUCAUAGCAGCAUAUUAACAUUCAACAAUUAAUGUAAUAAUGUAAUGUUAUAUUAUAAUGUUAUAAUGUAAUGUUAUAAUAUAAUGUUAUAAUGUAAUGUUAUAUUAUAAUGUAAUAAUGUAAUGUUAUAUUAUAAUGUUAUAAUAUAAUGUUAUAAUGUAAUGUUAUAAUAUAAUGUUAUAAUGUAAUGUUAUAAUGUAAUGGUGAAUGAUGUUAUUUUAAUAUUGUUAAUGAAUAUAUUAUAAAUAUUGUUCAAAUAUUUUUUGUGUAUAUUGUUGGCCAAUAAAUUUCUCAUUAUAUAAAAA